GUAAUCUUCAAUCGUCUUUGGAGCUGGAACCAGUUUUACUUGUUCCAAUUUGGCAUUCCUUGACUAGACGGCAUUGAGGAGAACGAAAAGAAUGUGCCCAACUGCUACCAAGACAACUGUCAUUGACAACACGAAAGAAGCCAAGGCUGCAGAGGCUGGAGAAACAGAAGAAGAAGUUGAUCACUGGGCUAUUGUGACCGAUAUAGACACUGGGAAACCAUGGAGCGAUAUGACUACAAAAGAGAAGACAAAGCGGAUAACAAUCAACAUAUUAAAAGGAAUCUUAGUCCUGGGACUUCUGUACAUGUUCAUAUGCUCCAUCAACCUGUUGUCCUCGGCGUUCAGACUGAUUGCAGGUCGAGUUGCUGGCUCUGUAUUUAGGAGUAAUGCUGUUUUAAGUAACCCUGUCGCCGGCCUGAUGAUUGGUAUCCUCGCAACUGUGUUAGUUCAGAGUUCGUCUACAUCUACGUCCAUUACUGUUGCUAUGGUUUCCUCAGGAAUCCUUGAUGUACGCACGGCUAUACCUAUUAUUAUGGGUUCGAAUAUAGGGACGUCAGUUACCAAUACACUGGUGGCCAUGGCCCAAUCAGGAGACAGGAAUGAGUUCCGGCGGGCGUUUGGGGGUGCCACAAUCCAUGACAUGUUCAACUGGUUGAGCGUGAUUAUACUACUGCCUCUGGAACUUGCUACACGAUAUUUAGAAAGGUUAACAGGUCUUGUGAUCAAGAGUAUGAACCUACAGGGUGGGGCAGCCAAGGUGAAUUUUCUCAAAGUUAUCACAGUGCCAUUUACAGAUCUAAUUGUACAGUUGGACAGUAAAGUGAUUGAAGCAAUUGCAAGAGGGGACGAAGAGGGGGCUUCAAAACCAAUGUUGAAACAAUGGUGCAGAGAGCGCACGAUUGGCAAUGAAACACGACAGCAUAACUACACAACAGGCGAGGCAAACGUAAAUACGACUAUCUUCAACUUAACAUCUGCAGGAUACGACUAUAGAAAAAUAGAUAAUGACGACGGCACUCGCACAUUCCUCUACAAUAUAACGAGCCCUCUCAUUGAGAGGACACCAUGUCAGUAUCUUUUCCGGUGGACCAAUUUAUCCGAAGGGGCAGUUGGUGCUAUUCUCCUCGUGAUGUCCCUCGUGAUACUUUGCACCUGUCUUAUUGCCAUGGUGAAGGUCCUCAACUCGCUCCUCAAAGGUCAAAUGGCAAAUAUCAUCAAAAAAAUCAUCAAUACGGACUUCCCAGGAAAGGCUGCCUUCCUGACUGGCUACGUAGCGAUUCUACUUGGUGCUGGUCUCACCGUGCUUGUACAGAGUAGCUCCAUCUUUACGUCGACGAUAACACCACUUGUUGGCAUGGGAAUAAUUUCCCUAGACAGAAUGUUCCCUUUGACAUUGGGCUCAAACAUUGGUACCACCGUUACAUCCAUACUAGCAGCAUUUGCAGCGACAGGCAACAAGUUAGAAAACUCAUUACAGAUCGCAUUCUGUCAUUUAUUUUUCAAUAUCUCGGGUAUUAUUAUAUUUUACCCUGUUCCAUUCAUGAGAAAAGCCCCUAUCAAUCUUGCCAAAAAUUUAGGAAAUAUAACAGCUGAUUAUCGAUGGUUUGCAGUUGUGUAUUUGAUAUUCAUGUUCCUAAUUAUCCCCGGUGGCAUUUUUGGCUUAUCAAUUGCAGGUUGGGAAUGGUUAGUAGGGAUUGCAGCACCUCUUAUUAUUAUCUUAUUGAUCGUACUCGUUAUAAAUCUCUUCCAACAUAAGUGGCCUAAAUAUCUUCCCGCUGUUUUGAAAACAUGGGACUUUUUACCCCUACCCCUACGUUCGUUAAAACCAUACGACUAUUUAAUAACAAGGUUUUGCCUUUGCUGUAAAUGCUGUAAACCCAGAGUGGAAGAGGAAACAGAUAGUGAAGCAGACUCUAUUGAACUUGCAAAGAAAGAGGCUCUGGCAAUGGAUGCUUUAAGUGAGCCACCUUGCUAUGACAAUAUUGCAUUUGAGAAUGAAACGUCUGUAACCCCUUCACAAAUCCCAUAUUCAUCAGACACUUCGGUUUUCACAGCAGCCUUAUCUUCUAAAAAAACCGACGUAACCAGAUUCUGAACUUCAUCUGAGAAAGGGUUGUCAACUUCCCAAAGUCACGGAAAUCUAAAAAACAAAACUGGCUCUCCCUGACCUGGGAAAAUAUGGCUACCCUGGAAUUUUCUUAAAGACACCUUAAAUGAUCGGGGAAGUUUAGAAUUUGGAGAGGGGUCAGGAAAAUUGGGAAAGUUAAAAAAAUAGCCGGUGAAUAUUAAUCAAAUGAGAAAACCAGUGUAAAGUCGGGGGAGCGAUAAUUAGGGUGUACAUAUUUCCGUGAUAUUUAAUCGAACAACUCUUUGUAUAUUUGUUUAUUUUAUCUAAUAUGAACAGAGUUUAGUAUUUAUUUUUGUAAAAUAAUUAUAUCAUGUAUAGAACGAUUAGAACUGAGUAGUCUAAAAUGCUUAAAUAAUCCAAGUUUAGAACUUGCUGGUCAAGGUCCAUCGGUUUUUAUAUUUAUUUCUGAUUUUACUUUUUCCCAAAAUAAUGCAAUUAUGUAUAAUAUGUAAGUAAGUUGUAAACUGCGUGUAAAUAUGUAAAUGAUCUGUAAAUAAUCUGUA